CCUAGGUGGGGCCACCAUGGCCCAGGCAUCCAGUGGCAGGUCGGUGGUGGCUGUCCCACGGGAGGCUUAACCUCCCCUGGCCUAUUAUACUCGCUGCCCAUGUGCCUGGCUCUGUAAUAGGUCCUGUUUAAUUUGUACUGAUCUAACAGUUCCAUCUGCCUCUUCACGUUCCCCUUUCUUUGUCCAGCCAGGUAAUCAUUAACAUGGGGUUUCUAGCCGCAGCUGUAAAUUAAAAGACAGUAAUUUUGUUUCAAGAGGGCUUAUUAGAAAGAUAAGCUGAGAACAAAACUCUGACAGACAACCUGCUCCUUGUCCUGGGGCUGGUGAACUAGUUAGCCGUUGUUUGAGACCUCGGGAAAGCAGGGCUGUCCUCGAAAAUGACUCAGGAUCAUUGGAUGAUAACGCUACAGAAAGUGUUUUACCCGCUUCUGGCCAUAAUCGGGAUCCCAUGUGAGUAUGUGGCUGGAUAGUCAUCUUCAUACGUUUUAAAGCUGAAAGGAAAAAUUGUGAUCCUGCAUCCGUCUCAUAGCUUCUGGUUGCCCUGGAACAGGACUUUUAGAGAGACACACCCAGUCUUGACUUAAAGACUUCUAGGGAUGGAGAAUCCACCAAGUCCCUAGGUGAGUUACCUUCGCUGUCAAAAAGGUGCAUUUUAUAUUCAGUCUCUAUUUGUCUAGCUUCAACUUCCAGCCACUGGAUUUUUGUCAUGCCUUUGUCUGCUACAUUAAAGAGCUCACUACUAUCAGAAAUCAUUUUCAUGUGUAGGUACUUGUAGACCCUGAUCAAGUGGUUUCUUAAUCUUCCCUCUGCUACCCUAAAUAGACCGUGCUUCUGAAAUCUCUAACUGUAAGGCAAGUUUUCCAGACCUAAGUUAACUCCAGUAGCUCUUUUCUAAGCCCUUUCCGGUGUUUCAACUUCCUUUUUGAAAUGGGGACACCUGGACACGCUAUUUCAAACCUGGGAAAACAACUUUGAAUUUUGGGGGGUGUUUUUUUUCUGACUAGCUCUAGCUAUAGAAUGGAAGAUCACUUCUGAGCAUGUUCCAGACUGAACCCCAGGUUUCUAAGUGCCACAGGAGAUGAAGAUGCUCAGGGAACAGGAGAACAGAUGGGGCACAAAAAAAAAUAUGAACCUCUUGAUUUCUUUUGCUGCAAACGUUUUCUGCACCAUCCUCAAUUUUUAAUAACAACUUAAAAAAUUUCUGGGUGAAAUCUUGGCUCCAUUGAAGUCAGUAGCAAAAUUCCCAUUGAAAUCCUCGCUUUGUUGGAGUCAUCCUCUGUCUCUUUUUGAAUUACGUGAUGUAGAGAGCAAUGCUGCUGCUGCCCUGUUAAAUGUGACCUGAAAAGGAUUUUUAAACGACUGGGUUUGUCUCUUUUUGCUUCUUUAUUAUAGAUAAACUUUUUAAAAUCUUUAUAACAAAAAGGAACUUCUUUAAAGCAUUAGAUCUUGUCUAUCUGGGUGAGAACUUGACCGACAUAGUUAUUCCAUAGUAACUAACAGCUAAAUCACAGAAUUGUUAUGCUGCUCAGUUUCCCCUGUGUAGACAAGCCCUUUAAAAUGUCAAGAAUGUUAAUCCCAUGGUUUUGCUGGAGGACUUCUCUGUGGGAUCUCAGCUGUAUAUUGGGUGCUUUCUUACAAUUUAAAUGCAGGCGGUGUUGAAUCUUUAACAUAUACUGUCUUUUCCUACAUGUUUGUUAGGCAUUGGAGUUGAAAAAGGGUUAAUUAACGAUAACAACACUUAGCCUGUCUGGCUAAAAAUCCCUUCCCCUCUGUUACUUAGCUUGCUUUCUCCUGUCUCUUGUGAUGUUAUCAUCUCCUCAGUUUUCCAUUUGCCUACAGAGUUACAGCAUGGACAAAAACUUGAAUUUUUAAUGCACAAACAAGCAACCUCUCUCCUUCCCUCUUUUGCUUCUUUCUGGAUGAAGCUAAGACAUUGGUUUCCCAUUUGCAGGUCACCUGUAAUACAACCGGGCAGGAAUCUCUCUCCAGACAAACAGCAGCACCCUCUCUUGGGCCCGUUUGCCUCAGGGCAUGUCUACGUGUGCAAACUGACCAGAAUCGCUACUGUGAAACGGUGGUCUGCAAUAGCUAGCUGGGAAUGAGUGCCCACAUGGGUUAGAAGAGGGGUGAAGAGGAGCUUACUAUGCUCUGGCUAUGCUAGUCAAUUUCCCUGUGUAAAUGAGGUGUGAAGGGUGUUGGGACCCCACGUGGCUGAUGGUAUAAGCUGUCAGCUUGUUUCACAACAUAUGUGAUGGUUCUCAGGGUACCCAGGACUGUCAGUCAUGUUGGUAUCCUCAGCCUGUAGCGUGAGGGACUCUUGCUUGUGCUUAGCUGGGUGACAGCUCCCUGACACCACCAGCCUGCCAGACACUCCUGCACUCUCCUCUGGGCUGUACCAGCCCUGGCUUUGCCUUGCAAGUUAACAAUAGGUGCAGCAGUCCCCAAACCCCUUUGAAGCAUUCCCCUGUGGUGUCCAGCCCCUGCCACUGGCUACUCAGAGAAAUACCAGGUCUGCUGUCCCACCAUGGCUUGCAGGGUCUGUGGCUCCAGGGCAGCCCCCCCACCCCCAUCUGGGACCCCAGGGCUUCCAGAUAUAGCUCAGAAGCCGGGGUUCGCAGAGCUUCCAGGCUCCUUGCUGACUAGAUUCAGCUCUGGUCCAGCACUUUGCUUAAUCCCACAGCGUUUAGAUCUAUUUCUAGUGAGAACAAGAAUAAGUUUCUGAUCAAAGAUUCAACAUUCAAGUGACAGCGAGUGAGGAUCUUGGAAACAAAUGAUUACAUAUCAAACAAAAUCAUAACAUGCUUUCUAGAGACCAAACUUAACUAACAAGUUAACCUCCUGUCUAAAGAAAUUUCUCAUCCAACAGCUUCUGCCGUUUUUCAGCCAAGCUUGGCUGAGAUCCUGUUUUCAUGAAUGGACAUGCUGUCCAUUUACUUCCUAGGUGCAGGGUCAUGGGGUGUCUUCUUUGCCUCUGCUUACAACCCAGUUUGAUUGCCUGUGUUCUGAGACAGGCUAACCACCUGUGGCUUGUCUUACCUGGUGACUUCGCAUCUCUUUGUUGACUUCCUGAGUAUCCCUUGUGUUAGCUUCUAGUGUUUAAUUUCCAUCCCAACGGAGAGACUGGCAAAUAAACAUCUCUUGUCUGACCGAAAACCUGGUUCUUCACCUCUGUUGGUGACUCCUGCCUUAAUAACGACUCUAUGAAAAUAUUUGCAGCCGACGUACAUAACCCCUUACGUUGCAUCUAUACACACAUUUCACAGCAAUAUUAAUGACUAGGGCCACACUGGCUUUCAUUUAAGCCCCCCCAUGACAUUCUGUGGUGAACCAGGAUGCAUGCACCGGAAUCAGGACAUUCCUGUAACCCCCUUGCCAAGUGGCAUUGAGGGGAUCUUGGGUCACAGCAUACGUCUGUGCUGUGCUGUUCUGUUGGCCCUAGGGCUCAGCUGCAGCAGAGUGGGGGGGAAGAUGGGUUUGCUUCCAACUCAAACAGCUGCGGAAAUGUCUCUUUCAGCAAACAUCAUGACCUUCGUGAUCUUCUGGCGGAGGGACUGCUUGAUCUCUGCCUCCAGCCGCUACCACCUGAUGGCGAUGUCCUUGGCCGACACCGUGGUUCUCGUUCUCAUCGUUCUCGUGGAGAUGAUCCUGAAAUGCUACAGCAUGGAGCCGUUCUGGUACCGGGACCCUUGGUGCACCCUCCGGGACGUCUUCAAUUACGGUGCAGUCAAUGCCUCCGUCUGGCUGGUGGUGUCCUUCACCGUCGAGCGCUUCGUGGCUAUCAACACCUUCAAGCUGAAGGCAAAGCUGUGCUCUCCGAGACGCACGCUCUACACUAUUGCCCUGGUUCACGUCUGCAGCUACCUAGUGGCUAUCCCGUAUUAUUGGUCCAACAGAUCAGAAAGGGUGAAUGGGACGGGGCGGGCGGUCUGCAAAUUUAACCCUGACCUUCCCAGCUCUUACGUUGAGGGGCUGGUUUGGUUUCAGACCUCACUCGUGAACGUUGUCCCUUAUGUCAUCAUCUUCACCUUGAACAGCCUGACCCUCAGGCAGAUCGUCCUCAGCAACAAAGUGCACUGUGUGAUGGCCGGAGGGCUGCACCGAGUGAACUCUGGGACCCAAUUCAGGUACCAGAAGAAGAAAUCCAUCCUCCUCCUUGUGACUGUCUCGAUGACAUUCGCUUAUCUGGGCGCCACCAGGUUUGUCACGCAGAUUAUUCUCAGGACCUGCCAUUAUGACAUAGAGAGACAGGAUUACUCUAAGGCUAUUAACAUUGCGGUGGACGCUGGUACUAUGCUGGAACUGACCAACGCAGCUGUGAACAUGUAUCUCUAUGCCUGCACCCAGACUGCCUUCCGCAGGGAGCUAAUCCAUUGCCUCAAGGCUCUCCUCUCUCCCUGCAAAGCACAGAGAAAGCACCCGUCAGCCAUCUUCCAGGUAUAAUGCACAUGCGUGCAUACACACACGCUGCCUUAUGGAGAUGUCCUGCUGCAUGUCUCCCCAGAGGCAGGUAUAUCUCCCUGUGUUUAAUGAGAGGACUUGCCUUAUCCCAGCCAGGAGUGAGGAUAAGAGAAAUGGGCCUAGCAUUAGGUAUGUAAAAUAAAUUCAGUUCAAAUUAACAUCUUCAGCAGAUCGAUAACAGGCCAUACGUUCCGGCUUUGUCAUCGACUGGCAUGGAGUGUUGGUAGUUUGGAUGUGAAAUAGCACAUAGCUAUCCCAGCCCCUCCGAGUGACUCUUUCAGCGCUCUGGGGAAAACUGGCUGUGAUUUGUCAAUGUUAGAGGGGCUUAGAAUGAGAGCUGGCCAAAAUUUAGGAUUUCUGGUUUGUGGGAAACUUCUGUAUUUUAGAACUUGUUUCCUUCUGAAUGGGAACAAAAGCGCAUUUUUUGAAAUUUCCCACAACUCAGAAAUUCUGAAAGAAAAAUAAAUGGUUCAGAAAGGGGGACACACAAUCUGCUCCUUGGGACCCCAGCAGCAGCUGAGUGAAAUUGACUUGAUUCUUGUCAAUUUCAGGCAGUGGCUGCCAGGGCUGGCAGGGUCUGUGGCUCCAGGGCAACCCCACUAUGUGGGACCCCAGGGCUUCCAGACUCCUGAUCCAGCUGGUUCCCAGGGCUGCCAGCUCAGAAGCUGGGGUUCGCAGAGCUUCCAGGCUCCUUGCAGAUUAGAGAUGGAGAUAGAGCUCCCUGAGCUUUCAGGCUCCCAGGUCCGCAGCAGGGAUCCUGGAAGCCCAGGCAUGGCAGUGCUGCCCUGGAGUCAUGGACCUGGGAAGCUCAUGGCCUCCAGCAGCCUGCCAGGAAAGUUCAUCAAACCCGAGAUAUUUCUGAAAAACAUUUUGGGUUCAAUGAAUUGGUAUGUUCCAGCAAAACUUUUUUAGACUGUGUUUUCAUGUUUGCACACUGGGUUUUUCAGUGCAAGCCAUUGGCAGCCUGCUAACAUCCUACCAGUUCUGGGCAUGCUCAGGUAGCUUUGGGAAAAGCAUAGGCAGGGGAAGGAGAAUAAUCUCUAUUGAUAUAUCAGCUGUAUCCCUAGGGUUUGUAUCACAUCCAGAGUUGUAUCAAUUCAAAAUUCGUCUAUCGACCAGGCCUAAGUGAAGUAAAAAAUGUAGCCUUCACGUCGCGCUGAGGGUUCUCGGACCCCAUCUUAACAGAGAGCUUGUCCCCGGGGCACCUUCCUCCCAGUCACUAGCUUGUGAAAGACAUCCCCUCCCAAUCCCAGCCACGUAACGGCCCUGUGACAGCUGCCCUAGAGACCGCCGUACUCCUGAAUGGUGAAAUGACUCCUGCAGAAAGCUCCUGCAAUGGCCUGGGGGAGAGAGAGGUCCCUGUCUUAUCCAUGAUGCCACCACAGCCCAAGGCUAAUUGACCCUAAUUCGUUUCUCCAUUUUCAAUUGGGCUAAACUCAGACUCCACACCCUGGUCUUCAAUCUGUGUUGGGUCUUACCAGGAACUGGCUUAAGCCUUCAUAACACUUAGCAGUGUCCUUCAGAGGAGCCAUUUGAGUGCACUGGCAGCAGGCGAUGUGAAGUGCUGCGUUUCUUGGAGAUGUUUGUAUUUGACUCCGGUGCAACCCAUCAAACCAGCCCUGAGCGCCAAACCACGUAUGUCAAAGCUCGGAGAGCUCUGAAAGCUCCACCAUUAAGAAACAAAGACCAUCGCUUCAGAGUGGCUUUGCCUUUCUAGGGGCGUCUUUGUACUUUGGUUAAAAAGAGAGUGUUGUAGUGUG